AUGGACUUGGACAUAAACCGGAUCAAAACUAAACACGCUGAUCCAUUUGAGCUUUUUAUUCUUUCUUUUUUUUUCCAAUUCUUCCUUAAUUUAAUUUUUUUCCUCUCUCUAAUCAAAUCUUUAGUUUCAGAUUCUGAAAACGAUUUACAUAAUCUUUUUAGUUUCUUACUUCUGUUACGAAGAAAAAUAAAAUCUUUCUUGGAUAUUUUGAUUCGAGUGCUUUGUCAUGUGGAUCACGAGGACCUAGACACACUAAAACGAGUAUCUAAAACUAUACGAAAAGCUGUAAUAGAAGCGAAGAAGUCGCAUUUUGAUUAUAGCACACCAAAAAAGAGACUUCCAUUUAGAGACGCGGUAUUAAUCAUGGAGGAAGAUUCAAAUUCGAAUUGGGAUUCGAGUAGUCAAAGUGAUGAAAUGGAGCCACCUAAUGCACCAAUUAGAAGGAGGACUAUUAAUCGAGAAUCUGAUUUGUCCAAGAUCUCUAUGGUAUUGUUUAAAUGAUGAUUGAAGAAAGAAAGAAAGAAAGAAAGAAAGAAAGAGGCUCGAUCUCAGCUAACUUUGUGUGCAGAAGACAGAACAUGACGAAAGAACAAGAAGAAGACAUAGAAGAGUUUGCUUUUGCUUCAAUUCUUAUUCGUUGAAGCUUUUCUAAUUAUUAUGUUUACUGAUCAUCAUGUGAAUAUAACAAAUUAUUUGCAGACUUUGGAAGGUUUAUUAAAUAUAUUAUUUGUGAAUAAAAUUAUGUUUUCAUAUA